AAAUAGCUGUCGCGAACGCGUAGUGUUACAAAAUGAAAGGAACAGAGCAAGUAGAUAAGUAGCUUGGCUGAAGCCACAAAUGACAUUACAUGUAUAUAAUUGGGAAUAAAGUCCACACAUAAUAGAGAGUAUUAGAAGUAGCUGAUUAGGAGUAAUUUAUUAUAAUAAUUUAUAGAGAUCGGCAACACAACGGCGGCGCCAUGAAAGUAGUUUCAGGGGUGUCCAUCUUAAUUCCAUUUCUACUAAUUAUAUUCUCAAGCUUCAUCUCCCAAACCUCAUCAUCAACCUCCCCAAUCAACCAUCAUCAUCAUCAUCAUGGUGAUGGUAUUCCAAAGGUUGAUUGGGGACAUUAUACAAUUCACUCGUACGAUAAACAGGGCCGGGGCGGCAGAGCAGCGGCGGCAGGCGGUGGCGUGUCGAAUAUAAAUGGUAAAAAGGCUCCAGCUACUCGUAAAAAUCAUGCACCAUGGCUUCCUAAUCCUUCAUUCCUCACCACAACCUUCUUAGCUUAUCUUACUUUUACUUUGGUACUUAUUUUCCAAUUUUAAAUUUAUUUAUUAGGAUUUAUUUCUCCCCUUUAAUUAUUGGAUGUUAUGUAUAAUUAAACCUUGUAUUUGGAUUUUGGAUUUUGGAUUUUGACUUUGUUGGGCAUGUUAUGAUUUAUUGAAUUAUUAAAUAACGUGUUUAAGAUCA